GUGUGUGUGUGUGUGUGUGUGUGUGUGUGUGUGUGUGUGUGUGUGUGUUUCAGAGGGUGUGUUCACUCCGCACACAAACACGCGCUCAGGAAAACUUUUCAGCCAACUCGCACCGAUGGCACCGCUGCAGGCGGUCGAGUAAGGAAUGGCAGGCCAGCAGGUUGACUCAUCUCUUGACCUGAGCCACCUGACGGAGGAGGAGCAGUCCUCCAUCCUGCAGGUCCUACAGAGGAACUUGGAGCUGCGGCAUCGUGAUGAAGGACGCAUAAGGAUCCUCGAGCAGACAGAACCGGACCCGUCACGUCUGCGCCUCCUGUCYGGAGAGUGGUUCAGUCAGGUUUGUGGCAAACGCCACCGCAAGUGGACCUCAGGCUGCGACCUGAUCCAAGCCAGUCUCCGUCACAGAAAGACUAAGAGCAAAGAUGUGCACCUGAACGAAGUGUUCAGCGGAGAGGAAGAGGAGGAAACUUUCCAGAGAAACGUCUCUCCUGAGGCRGAGGAAAUACCGCAGGACAACAAAGAGAAGGAGAGCGGAGGAUGUCGAGAGAGUCUGAAACCCGAAGCCACACCCAGUAGAAAUCCUGUAGAGCAGAGUCUCCAGCAUAGAAACCGUUCUUCUCCAUCCAAAGAACGCAGAUGUAAUGGAUACUCAGAAGAGCCUGAGGUGAUUGCAGUAACACACCCCCACUAUAUUUUUUGUGUGUGUGUGUGUGUGUGUGUGUUGCAGCUCGGCGGCAGCAUGAUGAGCCUGUUCAGCUCGGGGGACUUCGGGGUGGUGGAGGUGAGGGGCCGCAUCCAGUACUCAUUGGUUUACGACACUCACAAGGAGGAGCUCCAAGUUAAGGUGUAUCGCUGCGAGGACAUCGCGUCUGCACGCAAGAACCGCUCCGACCCAUAUGUAAAAUCCUACCUCUUGCCAGACAAGUCCAAUCACAGUAAGAAGAAGACGCCAGUGAAGAAGAAGACACUAAACCCAGUUUAUGAUCAGAUGCUCAGAUACAAAGUGGGCGUCAGGGAGCUGCACAGUCGCACUUUGAACCUGUCUGUGUGGCACGCCGAGAACCUGGGAAAGAACGUCUUCCUGGGGGAAGUGGAGGUGCCUCUGGGACUCUGGGACUGGACUUGCACGCAGCCGCUGUGGCAGGACCUGCAGCCACGGGUCCGUCUGUGUCCAGACUCUGUUAGCUGUCGGGGCAGCAUCUUCUUUUCUAUUAAAUUUAUUCCUGAUGGAUUCGAGGGUGGUGGUCUGCCUUUGACAGGAGAGAUUCACAUCUGGCUUCAGGAGGCUCAGGGUCUCCUGUCCAACAAAGGAGGCACCAUAGACUCCUUCAUUAGGAGCUACAUUCUCCCAGAUGCUAGUCGGCAGAGUGGUCAGAAGACGCGGGUGGCGAAACGCUCCGUCAGCCCCACGUACAACCACACCAUGGUCUAUGACGGCUUCCACACCAGCGACCUGAGGGAGGCCUGCGCCGAGCUCACGGUCUGUCAGCGUGACGGCUUGAAGACGCACGUCCUGGGAGGCAUUCGUCUGAGCUGUGGAACGGGUCAGAGUUACGGAGCGACUGUCAGCUGGAUGGAUUCUACAGAGGAGGAAGUGGCUGUUUGGACCUCCAUGAUUGAAAACCCAAACCACUGGAUCGAAGCGACGCUGCCGGUCAGAACUAACCUCACACAGCGGUCUGUGUGACCAACACUUCCUGCUCUUACAUUUACGUUCAUAGUGUUUAUAAAGUGUUUGGACUGAAAGGAAACUCUUAAAUCUGCACAUUUAACCUUUGUUGUUAUAAUUCAUACAUGUUGUUGUUUAAAUAUGGUUCAUGCACUCAGUGGAGUCAGUAGUUGUACAAUAAUGUUUUUUAAAUAGUUUUCCUGUAGAUUUGUCUGCAGUUGAAAUCUACAACUUUGUUCAGUCAGUGUUGAAUCUGACUAAAACAUCUGUGUAAAUCAUUGUAGUUUGUUGAUUAAAUAUCAAACCUAAUCAAUGAA